AAGACACAGACGCAGGAGAGCGAAACCUGUCCUCCCAAUUCCACCACGGGGAAAGAGAAGAGGAGGAGCAAGCCAAGUGAGAAACUGAUGCUCUCAGCAGGAGCCUACAAGUGAGAGGAAACUGGGAGGUGGAGAAGAGUGAAAGCAGAAGAUACAAAAAGCCUUGAAAGAGGAUAAACAGUUUUCGUGCCCCUCCGCCCGUCUCUGUCGCCAUGCUGUGUCCUGUGCUGCUUUGUGCCACUUUGCUCCUUCUGACUCCGUUUGAGGUCACGGAGGCUCGUGCUCUGCAUCCAUCUGCCGAUGCUGUGCAGUUUGUGGAGCAGUUUUUGGACCGCUACAAUGACCUUCUGACUCUGGACGACCUGGAGAACCUGUUGAACACCCAGCCGGAGGAGCAGUCCACCCUCUCCUCGGGGGUCAAAACAGCAGAGUACCCCAAAUGGGCCGACCUCCAGACACAGCCGGAGACCCCGUGGUUCCGCCUGCUGAAGGGGGCCCUGACCAACCAGAAGCGAGCAGAACCCGAUAGGUCACGGAGGGGAUGGAACCGAGGAUGCUUUGGCCUGAAGCUGGACCGGAUCGGGUCAAUGAGUGGACUGGGCUGUUAGUCAAAAGAGGAAAGUAAAGACUGGCGACAUCUUUGGUAGAAAAAGGGUUCAUCUGCAGAGAAGAAUAUCAACACGUAGACUACAUUCUGUCUGUUAUCUGGUGUAUACUGAUGUGGUUUAUCGCGUAGAUGCUUUAUACUUUAUCCCAUGUGCUCUGAACUAAAUAAUGUGCAUCAUGUGUCCAUCAAAGUAUUCUCCUGGAUUGUCAGCCUUGUUUCUGAAGUAAUCUUAUGUCUCUUAGUUUCCUUGACUGUCAUAUAUGUAGAAAUGUUUUGACAUUUUGCGGUCAGAAGACUGACUAAAAGCAUCUGUUACUGACGUAGAUACCCAAAGAUGAUGGCACCUGUGAUCCCUACAGUUUUCUUUUUAUGUUCACUUAUGAUUUGCAUGAAUAAAUGGAUUUGACAUUUG